AAGGGCUCUCUCUCUCUCCUCUUGACUGCCGAGAUCUAUCUUGGUCCUCAUAUAUAAGGCUUCCCCUGCAAAUUGUUCCAUUUCAGUCGACGUUCCCAUUUUUCACACACCGACCGUCAUGUGCACGCCAUCCCGUCGUCGUAAAUGAGCAAGGAAAGCAACGACGGCAUCAUUUUUUUAGCAAUUUCUCGAACACUAGUAAAUUGUGCACGGGUGAAAUUGUGGAGAAUUGAACUGUGUGAAAAGAAACAGAGUGAGACUUGGACACUGACUUUGGUGGCUUGGUUGGAUCUUGACCGGAAUCGGGACGCUAUUUUAGGAACAUGUUGAUCAAGGCGACGCUACGGACGAGUUUUCUCGCGGUGGUCGUCCUCGUGAUCCUGACCCCCAGGGCGGACGCGUCCCCAAAAGUCGUAGGAAACAGGAAGGACUCCGAUGACGCGGAUGGAACAGUGGCCGUCCUUAAUAUUCAGGAUCAUAAUAAGACGCAGUACCUGAAUCAGAAUUUUGAUGGAGGAAAUUACAAUUAUGGUUACGAUAUCAAACCGUCGGGUCCCUUGGGACAGUUUCACCAUGAAAAUAAAGCCGUGGACGAAGUAGUUUACGGUUGCUAUGGCUACCUCGAUCCCAAUGAAGAGGACCAAAUCACCUUUUACAUUUCCGAUGCGUGGGGUUAUCGUCCAGUGAAGCAGGAACAACCGGUCGAGAUUUUCUACCCGGCCGAUAACCCGGAAGGGACAGGACAUCACAAUGGCAAAUUGACACCCUGGGCGGACAUCGUCUUUCCGGAAAAAUGCAUCUAUUUCGCCAAAGAAAUUGCGGCCGCGGUACCGAAAAAGGCGUCAACGGCGUCAAGCAGAAGACCGAUCGGUGUGUCGUAUUCCUCAACACUGCAACAAUCUCCGCAUACGACGACGCCACUGCUUCCGUUCACGUCGUCACCUGCGCUGAAACAACAAUCGACCCAUACCUCGUCGUCGCCACCAUUUACGCCAUCGUCACCGACGGUGCGAGGAGGAGGAAGUGGGGGUGCGCCAACUACGACGAAUCCAUUUGCUGGAGGGGACCGAAGGAGACCAAAUUCAUUUUUGAAUCCGGGCUUCAAAUCCAUCACGAAUACACCGACGGCGUUGGCUAGUGAAGCUAUUGGGAGCAAUAGUGGAGGCAUCGAUGGGUCGCCGGGACCAGCUGGUGCUCCAGGUCGAUCUUUUGUGGGACCUUAUUCUCCAGGACGUUCCGGAAUUAAUGGAGGCAAUGGUGCCCCCGCUGGACCAGGCGGUGCUGGAGGACCAGGCGGCAGCGGUGGAUCCAGUUCUGUAGGACCAGCCGGACAUGGUGGCGCUGGAGGUCUCGGUGGAGGAGGUGGACGUUCGCAGGAUGGCCCAGGAGGAAAUGCUGGGCCUGGAGGGAGUGGUGGAUCGGGAGGAUCGGGUGGAGGACAGGCCCCCGGUGGUCAUGGAGGAAGCGGAGGAGGAGGUGGAUUUGGUGGACAUGGAUUUGUCGGCGGUUCAGCAGGACCUGGUGGCAGUGGGGGAUCAGGUGGCAGUGGAGGCCUUGGGGGUCACGGAGGACAUGGCGGAUUUGGCGGCAGUGGUGGGGACGGAACUGACGGCGCAGGUGGUUCAGGUGGUAGUGGUGGGUCGGGAGGUCCAGGCGGUUCCGGAAGUAGUGGAGCGGCUGGGUCCGGUGGAAGUGGUGGUGCCGGCGGUCUUGGAGGCAGUAACGGUCCCUUCGGCGGCGGCGGUGGUGGUGCACGACCUUCCUACUCCACCGGAGCGAGCUACACGCCCCAACAUGACACCACUCCACCCGCUCGUAGCACUCCGUCCCGACCUUCACCCGUCGUAUCGACACAAUCUCGACCACCAGCAGUGGAUCCCGCCUACGCCAGCUACGAUGAAGGCUCAACCGUCGGAAUUACUCCGGACGCUCCUCAACCACCCGCUCCGUCUGCUUCUCUUCAGAGACAACCACCUCGCGGAACUUCAUCCUCCUCUUCCCCUCCUCCUUCCCGACCUUCCGCCGUAUUCCAGCAACAGCACCCAAAUCUCUCCUCCAACCCACCCCCACACCCGGCCGGUGGCGAAGGUGGCGAAGAAGACACAAAUUCACUCCCUCCAUUCCGCUACACCAAUUCUCCCGACCCCGUCCACUCCAGCAAUCCGUACACUGGAGGAGCAGGCACCCCACAAAACCAACACCCUUACCAACAACAGCCCUCUUCCCAUAACGUGGACGACAACGUGUACAACAAUCCCCCCACUUCGACAGAGGAGUAUUCCCCCCAACUACCAGCACUAGGCAACCCACCCCACUCGUUCGGCCACCACAAGUCUCAUCCCCCUUUACACGACCUCCCACCUCACCCUUCACCUCUGGUGGCGACAACACCGCUAAUCCUCCCCCAUCUCCAACCAGACGCCAGCAAGGCCGACCAACAACACCUCUGCAGCCUCACCAUCAUCAACAACAACCUUCUCAACCUCAACACGAAUCCGUCGCGGAGGGAAGCACGGUCGGAAUCUAUCCAGAUCCAACAUCUGGCGAACAAGCCUCCUUGACACCGAAUACUCAAGCAUACUCGCAUCCACCACAAGCACCUUCGACCACCAAUUAUCAGAGAGAAACGACCCGGUCGCACCCACAGACCAACCGACCAGCACCCAUAAAUCGGAACACGUUGAGACCAUCUUCUUCGCAUACGGAGAAGGACACUGAGCCCUACAGAAGACCGACCAACACGCACCGACCACAACCACAAUACUCUCAAGAACAGUUUAGCCAACCUCCUCCGCACAGUGGGGAGGGAUUUAACCCGGCCGAAUAUUAUGGCAAAAUUCCCGGCGCCGUGGUGUCCAACGUUCCUGUAAUUUUCUAUCCGGACUGCAACGCGGCUGCAUUUUCUCAACCGGCGAUCGUUCCCUAUUGUCCGGCAGCCGGACAGGGGACGUCAUGUCCGAACGAGUCUCCACUCCUGUCAUCGCAAGCCAACUUUCGACGAAGCGCGUACGUCGUACCGGCGACCGGGAGAAGGACGGCGAGACGAGUGGUGGGCGUUAAGCGGAGGGCGAACAGGCGGUUGAGAGAGUGAAAAAUAAGAAAAAUUUAAAAUUCUAUGAAAAAAUAUAUUUGAGGUGUUUCGGGCGAGAAAAAAUGUACCUGUAAUUUUUUUAAAGUUAAAAAUGAAUCGUCACACAACAAACAAGUGCGAUGAUGGAAUUGGAUUUUUUUAACAGGUUGAAAAAAUUAUCCAACUUCCAAACUGGUAAAAAUAAGGAUAA